AUGGCAGCUCCGCCCUCCGGCGACAUGCCGCUCCCCACCGCCGCCCUCCUCGCCCGCUCCCACUCCCCCUCCGCCCCCGCGCCCCAGCCCGCCGCCGCCUCCUCCCGCCUUCUCAUCUUCCUCACAGCCGCCCUCGCCGUCUCCACCUCCUACCUCCUCCUCCUCCGCCCGCCCCACUCAACCGCGUCCCCCCAUCCCCCCCUCUCCGUCGCGCGGCCGCUCUCCAAGCUCCCGAAGCCGGUGGUCCUCCUGGUAUCCACCGACGGCUUCCGCUUCGGGUACCAGCACAAGGCCCCCAACCCGCACCUCCGCCGCCUCAUCGCCAACGGCACCUCCGCCGCCGAGGGCCUCAUCCCCGUCUUCCCCACGCUCACCUUCCCCAACCACUACUCCAUCGUCACCGGCCUCUACCCCUCCUCCCACGGCAUCAUCAACAACUUCUUCCCCGACCCCGUCUCGGGGGCCGAGUUCAACAUGGGCUCCCACGAGCCCCACUGGUGGCUCGGGGAGCCGCUCUGGGUCACCGCCGCCGACCAGGGGGUCCUCGCCUCCACAUUCUUCUGGCCGGGCUCCGAGGUCCACAAGGGCGCCUGGGACUGCCCCGACAAGUACUGCCGCCACUACAACGAAUCUGUGCCGUUCGAGGACAGGGUUGACGCCGUCCUUGCUUACUUCGAUCUCCCGGCUGAUGAAAUGCCGCAGUUCCUCACGCUCUACUUUGAGGAUCCAGAUCACCAGGGGCACCAGGUUGGCCCUGACGACCCAGUCCUCACCGAUGCGGUGGAGCACAUGGAUGAGAUGAUGGGGAGACUCAUCGCUGGCUUGGAAGCCAGGGGUGUGUUUGAGGAUGUGAACCUUAUAUGGGUUGGGGAUCACGGGAUGGUUGGGACCUGCGACCAGAAGCUGGUGAUUCUCGAGGAUUUAGCUCCGUGGGUUCAGGUGGAGAGCGAUUGGGUUCUAUCCACGACGCCAUUGCUGGCAAUCAAGCCACCAGAAGGCGUGUCGCCGGCUGAGGUUGUGGCCAAGAUGAAUGAAGGGCUAGCGUCAGGGAAGGUGGAGAAUGGGGAAUAUCUCAAGGUUUACUUGAAGGAGGACUUGCCUUCUCGCCUGCACUACUCGGAAAGUUAUAGGAUACCGCCAAUCAUUGGGCUCGUAGAUGAAGGUUAUAAGUUGGAGAAGAAACGAUCCAACGCAAAGGAGUGUGGAGGGGCGCACGGGUAUGACAAUGCCUUCUUCUCAAUGAGGACCAUGUUUGUCGCACACGGACCUCGUUUUGAGCGGGGUAAAACGGUCCCUUCCUUUGAGAAUGUGGAGAUUUACAAUGUGAUUGCUUCCAUUCUCAGUUUGAACCCAGCUUCAAACAACGGCUCAGCCUCUUUCCCUGGAACGGUUCUGUUGCCGAGUUAGUGAUCAUGGAUGCAUGUGAGGGCUGUUGUUUGGAGGAGGAAAGCCACGUCUAUGGUAGUAUCCUUUUGUUGUAUUUGUAUCUAUAGUUCUGUACACCUCUUAAUAAAGACUUCUGCCAUGUGCAGCAAUUUACCA